AUGGCGGCUGUCCCACGUGCGCGGUUGCUAGACCUUAUGAAGGUCCAAUGCCAAAUCUUCUCGACAACCUACAACCCAGACGGAAUACGAACGGGCAACAAGAUCCUGCGACAGCGGCUGCGAGGACCGACCCUAGCGAAAUACUAUCCUCCCAGAGGUCCCACGAUAAACACAUUAGAGAAGGAGUUCAAGCCUUGGAACCUGGAGACCAUCAACGAACAGGAAGAGGAUCGACAAGAACAUUUGGCAGGAGUACGGUCACGCGGCAAGGGAGCACCGAAGAAGAAGAGGACGGCGCCAGCAGCGACGGACAAGAAGAGAUAG